GAGAAGAAAGGGACCAGAGCAGAAGAACUUGCUUUUCAAAAGGGGGAUAAAAGUCAGUUUUGAGUUGAAGACUCAAAGAACUCCUUCCUUCCUUCUUACUACUACCAUGGAUGUCGAGAAAGUUUUCCACAUGACUGGUGGCGCUGGAGACUCUAGCUAUACCAAAAACUCUUCUCUUCAGAAAAAGGGUUCAGAUAUGGUGAAGCACAUAACCAUGGGGGCAAUUCAACAGCUUUAUCUCACAACAUCUCCAAAGAGCAUAGGCAUAGCAGACUUGGGCUGUUCUUCUGGAACAAAUUCAUUAUCGACCAUAAGAGAAAUGGUAGACGCAAUCGAAGAGACCAAUCGCAGCAAAGUUUCUCAACCAUUGCCAGAGUUUCGAGUCUACCUCAAUGAUCUUCCCACCAACGACUUCAACGCAGUCUUCAAGGCCUUGCCGGACUUUUACAGAGAACUCAAGCAAGCAAGAAUUGAUCAGGGAUCCGGCCCAUCUAUUUACAUCGCCGGUUAUCCGGGUUCCUUUUAUGGAAGGUUGUUUCCGACCGACUGCUUGCACUUCAUCUACUCCUCUUACAGUCUUCACUGGCUUUCAAGGGUUCCUCCAGCUCUUUAUGAUGAGCAAGGAAUGUCAAUCAACAAAGGCAACAUUUACAUAUCUGAAUCUAGCCCCCCUGAGGUCUCAGAAGCAUACUUCAAGCAAUUCCAAGAGGACUUCUCAUUGUUCCUUCGAUCACGCUCAGAAGAGCUGAUCGCCGGAGGCAGAAUGGUGCUAAUUUUGUUGGGAAGGAUAGGUUCAAACCAUGUUGACAGAGGCAACUCAUUAUUGUGGAAGCUUCUCACUCAAUCCCUUACCAUUUUGGUUUCGCAGUCUAGCCAUCAAAAUACUAUUUUAUCCUUGCACGAAAAAGGGCUAGGAAGGGAAGAGGGAGCGGUGGCACUGGUCAGAGGGGAAGGGGGUACGGCGGUGGUGGUUGUGGACAAAAGUGGGGUGGCAGUGAGGGCUGAAAAGCGAAGAGGGAGGUGCAACUGUGGUUGGGGAAGGGAGAAGGGGUGGCUGGAGGUGACAAAGAAGAGAGAAAUUGGUUUGUUAGAGUUUUUGAGUUUUUAGGGUUUUGAGGUUAUGAAGAUAAAAUGACUAAUGAGGUCAUUUAUGGUUUUUUUUUUUUUUUGGGCAAACCAUUUUUUAGUGAAAAGAAAAAAAAAAA